UUCAUAAAGUAUUUAUUACGUAAGUGAGUAAAAUGUAUUUCUGUAAACUUAUUGUCUUCGUCUUCUCCAUGGCUUUUUCAAAUUCAUUGAGACAUCGAAUAAUCGGAGGUGAAGUCGCUGUUCACGGUGAUAUACCCUAUAUAGUGUCCUUGCAAUGGCAUCUUCCUUCGAAUUCUUUGAAUGUCCAAAGUAUACACGUUUGCGGCGGCAGCAUUAUCAGCAAAUACUGGAUUUUGACGGCGGGACAUUGCUUAGAACUUCCAUCGAACAUCAAUCAAAUCGCUAUAUUGACGAUUAUAGCAGGGAAGAUAAAUCUUGAAGAACACGAGCACUCUGAGCAGCGAAUCUUUGCUCAAUCAACAUUCAAACACUAUGGUUACGAAGAAAAUGUUAACACCGGCACCAAUGAUAUCGCCCUGAUAAAAUUGUCCAAGUCAUUGAAAUGGACCGAAUGGGUCGCGCCGAUCGAACUUCCCCAAAGUGGCAGCGAACCUACGGGAAGCGGCAUCCUUUCCGGCUGGGGCGCCACUACAUUAAUCAACGACACUUAUAAUACAUCGGUGCUCUUGCACUCUAAAAGUUUGCCCAUCAUCGAGCGCAGCGUGUGCAAUGCCGCGGUCGAGGCCGUCGCCCUUGAGGAUGAGAUAGAGCUGAAGGACACUGUCUUCGAGACGGAUAUCUGCACGGGGCCGUUAACGGGCGGCUUCUCUCUUUGCGACGGCGACUCGGGCGGUCCUCUGACUUCGGUGGAUAGUAGGGGCAAGUUGGUGUUGAUUGGAGUCGCGACAUGGGCAAUGUUACCUUGUGGACGACGGGGAGCACCAUCGGUGUACGUGCGCGUCUCCUUAUUCAUCGACUGGAUUCGCACAACCAUCUCUGACAAUACAUUUUUUCGUUAUGGCACAUUUUAAGUGCAGCUUUAUGCAGAGUUACCAGAUUUAUUAAUGCAUUGUAAGUAAACGAGUGAGCAUCAGUUUUGUCAUUACUCAAAUUGCCCGCAGAACGAUCAAUAUUUAUUUGCAAGGGAGACGAAGGUAGGGGGAGAAGGAGGUUAAACAUACGAUUUAAGCGAGCGCCGAGUUUAUUCGUAUUGGCUUUCAGCUUACAAUUUCUUGAAUAAACAAUAUAUUUACAUUGCGCGUAUAGGAAUCAACACAAUCAGAAUUAUGUAUUUGAGCAAUUAUAUAUAAUUUUGUAGCCGUAUGUAGGAAUAAUCGAAUUUACUUACUCAAAUUUUAUUUAACAAGUUAUUUGCGUCAAUUAUAAGUGUCGACGAAUUGUAAAAUUAUAAAAUACGUACUCUUACGUUUGCGCAGCGAGCCGUCGAUUUUGUCGAAUUAUUAUAUUA